AUGGUGGCAACGUCUUUCAAGAUCCGCGAUUUACAAAUUGGUGAAUCGUCUGCUCGGAAUUUUGGUUUCAAAUCAAACUAUUCAACACAACCUGUAACUUGUACAAAAGAAAUUCUCUAUGCGUGGUCACAAGAAAUAAAGCAAUGCUUUAUUUCUGUUCCCCCACAACAACAAUAUCCUACUGGCCUUGCAGGGCCUUUAAAGAUUCUUAUGCACUGUAUAAGAAGAUCAGAAAGGAGGGAGUGUCAUUUCAGUAAAUUUACUCAAUUUCAAAGAGCUAUUGAAUAUAUUCUAACUGCUUUCAAAGAAUGCUACCAUGCAACCAGAAAUCAAACAUAUUGUUAUGCAAAAUUGGAUAUGAUACAUCUUAAAGACUGUGCAGCAAGAUUUUACUUGUAUUACGUAGGCUUACAUCAUAUUCAUUUUGAUUACUGGCAUGAAAAUCUUCAAACGCAACUAACUAAAGUGAGAGUUUGUCUCCAGCAUGCUUUGAAUGAUUGUUCAUCUAGGGUGGUCAAUUACAUAGUCAAAAUUUUUGCUUCCAUUAUCAUGAUAGAUAUACCAGAUAUUCGAAAUGCUUUUGAUACAAGACUGAUAUGGGGUAACAAUACUGUUUGGUGCAGAACUACUCCAAAAAUUGAAUGGGUGACUGUACCAGAUUAUGAAUAUGAAGACUAUGUACCACUCCCACACACCAAGAUGGUAGAUUAUCAUGUAGAAUAUGAACAUAUGAAUCAAGAACAUAUAGACUGGGAAAGACAUGUUGUUCCAAGGCAAAGAUUCAGAUUUACUCUGGCUCCUUGGCCAACUGUAAAGUAUUAUCAAGAACCUUAUAGUAAUGUUUACCAACAAGUCAUACCAAUAGCACCUACUAGAGCCAUUGCUGUUGUUCCACCAGUACAAGAAGUUUGGGAUUAUCGACCAUUAACAACUGCAAAAUUAUAUGUCAAACAACCUCAAGUUCAUGCUAUGCAGCAUGAAGUUGAAGUUGUAACUCAGAAAAUGGAUUAUCAUCCAUCUUAUGAAACUGGCCCGUGGAUUAAAGUUAAUACUGAAGUGCUAAGUAUUAAAGAUAUUAUAAUUCAGUCUGGUGGAUGUCAACCAAAAUCCCUUGAAUGUCGAACAGUAGCUACACAGCAAAAUUAUCUUGAUGUUGGGCAAGUAGUUGUUUGUGAUAUUAUCAAAGGAUUUAUCUGCCAUGACAAGGAUCAAAGAUUUGUUUGUAAUUCUGCAAUUAAAGAUAGAUGUUCUUGUUACAAAUAUGAAGUGAGGAUUAUUUGUUUUGAUAGAGUAGAGCAAGCAAGGUUUCGUCCAACAACUGUUGAAACUGCACUUGUAAUGCCUGAAAUAAGAAAGGUACCUAAGGUUGAAGUUUUCCUUCUUCCAUUUACCAAAAAGGUUUAUUACCCACCAGAGCCACAUAUAUUUGAAGAGUGGAUACCUCAAACAACUUUUCAAGAUUUUAAAAUUCCUAUUGAAAGACGUAUUAUUCACCAUGUCUUUCCUAGUCAACCAACGAGAGUUUACAAAUAUACAGUUGCUUAUGAAAUGUAUCAUGAUAAAGUAUUUAAGGUAGCACCAAAGAUUGUAAGAUACCCUAUUCUGCCUAAACGUAUUGAAAAAUAUUUCAGUCAGACUACUCAGAUGAUGCGAUUUAUGCCAAAACUCCCUCGAAUCUAUUUGGAUAAACAACGCGGCUUUAUUACCACAAGAAAGUAUCAUUGGACAAGAAGUAGUCAAGGCUAUGUGGAAAGAAAAAGAAAUUUUUAUGCACAAAUUGUGCCUAGAACCAUUGUUCAUGAUUAUUGGUUGCACUUGCCUCCAACAAAAGUAAUGAACUAUCCACCAAGAUGCAAUUACUAUGGUGAAUGGAUAUGUAUUGAUACGGAAUAUGUUCCAAUUGAUGAAAUAGUAAAAAGGUCUGGAGGAUGUUCAAGCUUAGAUGGCCUUGAGUGUCGGACUGCCAUGACACAUGAAGAUCAUAAAGUUGUUGGACAAGCUGUUACUUGUGAUAUUCAUAAUGGUUUUAUAUGUCGCCAUAGCGAUCAAAGAAAUGUUUGUAAUGCCACUAUUACUAACACAUGUGGCUGCUAUAGUUAUGAAGUGAGAAUUCGCUGCUGUACUUUUCAUGUAAAAUGGACUGUUGCUCCUGUUGUAAAUGAAUAUUUUCCAGCAAAAGUGAGACUUGAUCACAAAACUAUGCUUCCACCAAAAGUUGUAAUGGAACUGUAUCCUGUACAACCUCGCAUAUAUACACAAAAAUUGACUCCAACGAAGUCUAUACUUAUUCAUAUAUUUAGACCAGAAAUAAAUAUUGUUCAACGAGCAACCCAGACAACAGCAAAAUUAUUUGUUAAGCAACCCAAAGCUCACUAUUUAGAGCAUGAAGUUGGUGUUCCAGUUACUAGAAUUUACAGAGUUACUCCAGCUCCAAACAUUUAUCAUGUACACCAAGACUGGAUUGUUACACCUAAAACAGUUCAUGUCCCAAAACGACCUUUAGUUUUCGUAGAUAUCUUUAUACCACGGACAAGAAUUUACAGAUAUACAAAAGCUCCUAGAAUACGAUGGUUCCGAUGGACGCCAACAACUGUACAAGAUAUAUAUGUUCCUCUGACAAAGCAAGUACUUUAUCAUGUGCAUCCUAAUAUUCCUACGCAAGUGUGGGGCUACACUCAACAUGAUCUUUUUAUUAGAAAACAUUUUGCACCAACGAAGAUUCGUUAUAUUAAAAUACCUAUUGUAGUGCAAAAUUUUACUGAUAUCAAAAUAGCUACAACACAACGUUGGUUUAUUCCUGAACUCACCCGAAAUAUAAUAAUAGAAUGGAUUCCUCUUCCACAUACGACAAUUUCUUAUUACAAGCCUACUGUUCAUGUGCAUGUAGAUUUCAAGAUGCCAACAACUGCAAAACUUUGUGUUAAGCAACCGCAAGUUAAGUCAUUUGUACACGAAUUUCACCCACCUCCUACUCAAGUUCAUGUACAUGCUCCAGUAUCAAGAGGUUGGAUCCAUAAACUUGUUCCUCCACCACCAGUAUAUGAUGUUGUUCCUUUAAAAAAGCGCAUUUAUUCACAUCUUCUUCCUCCAGAGAAACCUAGAAUAGCAGUUUAUAGACCGCCAGGUUGCAUAUGUGUAGAUCUGACUAUAAGAAUAGAAUGUUGCAGAAAAUAUACUGAGAUCAUGUAUCUACCAAAACUUAUUGUAAAAUAUCCACCACCUACUCGUCAGAUGACACAGAGAUAUCAUCCAACAACAGUUCGGGCAUAUAUUAAAAUGCCUCAAGUGAAAUACUACAUUAAUGAAAUAAAUAUUCGACCUCAGAUAUAUCAUGUACCUCCCAUAGGUUGCAUAUGUAGAAAUAUGACUAUAAGCAUAGAAUGCUGCAUAUAUAAACAGCGCAUUUACCCAACCCAUGUACAUAGAGUCUGGAAGAAGCCAAAAAUUCAACAUAUUUGGGAUACAGUACUCCUUCCUCAAACUAGAAUCUGGGAAAAGAGAAUUCAGCCCACAGUGCAUGUGUGGAAAUUGUUGCCUACGACUGUUCAAGAUAUAUAUUUUCCACAACAAAGAGAUAUAAUAUUUGAUCAACAUGUGAAUAAUCCUCCUCACCUAAUUCACUAUCCACCAAAAAUGAAAUGGUACACGGAUCGUGUGGCACCACAACCGACAUCUGUAAGGAGGAGAACACCACCCAGUAAAAGUUAUUGGGUAAAUGUGCCUCUUGUGUAUGACGUCCACUUUUAUCCAAUUGCGACUCAUGCUGUUGGAGAAAUGCCAGAACCUCAUACUUCGAUUGAAAAAUAUACUCAACCAGAUCGAGAAGAAGAUUGUCAUUUCCCUCUUCCUAGAAUGAGAACUGUCACAAGCUGUUACAGAGUUACUCGAGCAAGAGAAGUCUGUACAUCAGAAUGGCUACAAUAUUGGUUAGCAUUAAUAAGAAACUGUACAGUUGAACGGUUGCGUAGACGAGGGUGUUUGCUUGGACCGCAGUUGGACAGAGAAACUAUUCAGCAACUACAGGCAGCUGCUGCUGUUUGCAUUCGAAUAAUUGGUGACACAAGUUGCCGUGAGGAUAGAUUUAGUCUGAUGGAAUUGAUGUUUGAAAGAGAAUUCAUUAUUGUUGGAAGAAUUGAAGAAAAUUAUCAUUUCCAUCCAAAUGUAUCUGAUGAAUUGAAAAAAUGUGUGAUUCUUAUAAAUGAGAAAAAAAUGAAUGCCUGUUUUCCUGGAUUCCAUACUCUUUUGCUAGAUUUACUUCUUCAUGGGAAAAUGAACCUGACUUUAGAUAUUGACAAGUAUCAUGACCCAUCAUGUGUAAUGCAACAAAUGGAGCAUUGUCGACCAUCGGAUCUUGAAACUUUGGAAGAAUUAAUUUAUUCUAUUUUUGGAACUUGUAUAAAAUUGUGUCCUAGCUCUGAGAGGGGAGGAGGCUGCAGUUAUGAUGCAUUAAGGUUUAGAUAUUGUGAUUCAGUUGAUAUCAGAAAUUUUAUUCAAGAUGUUCAUAAUUGUAUAGCAGAUUCAUCAGGCCAACAAAAGUUUCAGAAACUGCCAUUAAAAAAGAGAAUUGUUAUAGUUAUAAAUUGCCUGAUCAGGUGUCAUCCUAAUUGUAUAUUGUCUAAAUGGACUGUUUUCAAAGAAAUACUAUUGUAUCUUAUCGAAGUGCUCACAGGAGGAAGAGGAAGUUACUCUGAAGAAACAGAUUAUUGCUUUGAACAAUUUACUUUAAAUAAUUUAAAACCAUGUUGUCAGAAUCUUUUAGUCAUAACCUCUACACUGCAAGAUACAAGAACUGGAAUGAAUAAAGAUACAAUGCGAUCAGUUUCAAAUUGUUUCCGAAGAGCUCUUGAUGCUUGUAGUACAGAUGUAUGUGAAGGAUUCCUCUCUAUUCUUGAGUCUGUUUGCAAUGCUGCAUAUCUCACCAAUGCAGAUAAUGACUUCUCACCCUAUUCUUAUCGUAGUAUUAACAGUGUUAAAGUAUUUGGUGAUGAGUUGGAUAUAUGUGAAUCAGAAUAUCAAGAAGACAUAGAUUAUGAUAUGAAUCCUGAUGUAACUCUAGAAGAUAUGUGUGUUCCAUUACAUUUGUCGGAAAAUAGUUCGUCAGUAAAAUAUGUUAUCCAGAGAAGUUGUCGAGGCUAUGACAUUGGAAAAUGGUUAAAUGCAACAAAAUCUUGCAUGACUGGUGAAACUAAAAAAAUUGGGCUGAAAAAUCCAGAUUUAUUGACCAUUGAAAAAAUAAUGCAUCUUCUCCAACAUUGCAUAAGCACACAAGAUAAUUUAAAAUGCCAUCCAAAAGGUCGAAGGGAAUACAGAUUGCUCUUGAGCUCUUUUCUGAACAUCAUCAGGAGAUUUUCUGUGAUCUCAAAUGCCAGUACUUGUCCACAAGACCUGAUAAUUGAAAAUAUUGGAAAAUGUCAAACUAGUCUUUAUAGUUUCCUUCUCUUAAAAUACGAAUCAUCUAUUAUGAAGGAUAGAAAAACAGCUUUCGAAUGCAUGAAGAAAUCUUUUAAAAACUGUUCAUCUGAGAUUGUCGAAAGUAUUUUAAAAAUACUUGAUGAUACUAUUUAUCCUAACAACAGUGCUCCAAUUUAUUCAAAAGAUUAUACAGUAUGUCAACCAGAUGAUCCUGCAUUUUUAAAUGUACGUAAUAAAUGUGAAUUAAAAUUACUGAAAAAAGGAUAUCUUGGAGGAAAUGACGUAGACAAACAGAAGAAUUACGAGGCAGAGAAAUUCCAUUUUGGACCCACUCCAAGUCUAUUAGAAAUAAAACAACUGAAGGAGCGUAUUGAUUUACAAUCUGAUAAAAAUAGUAAUGACUCUGAAACUCAUGCUUUUGCAGUUUAUAAUGGAGAAAAUUCAGAUGAAAGCAUCACCUAUAACAGUUUGGACUUUAGUCCAAUGAAUGAAAUUUAUGGAUUUCGAACUCCCCAAAUUGAAAAGGAUUCCAUGUUUUAUAGGUUUGCUAACUAUUGUACCAGUUACCAUUAUGAACAAUACUUUGAAACAAUCCUUAACUGUCAGAGCAUCAGAAUGAAAGCUAUGAUUUAUUAUGAAGGUGCAAAUUGUGAUAAUGAAUGGAUGCAAAAAUCCUGGGAAUUUCUGAUGAGAUGCUUAUUGGAAGAUAAAAAGUAUUUGUUAUCUUGUCAGAUGAAUGAUGAAAAACAAGUAGCUAAAUACCUGGAAGUCCUGAGUGAAAAGUUAGACAAUAGUAGGAGAUUUAAAGGAGAAAAUUGUCCAGAAAUCAAGCCAUGCUAUGGAGCAAAUAUUCCACACUUGUCAAGUUGUUCAAAUGUUAUAUACAAGCAGCUAUCAGACAAAGUACCUGCUGUACUUACUGAAAGGAGUCUUUUAGAAACUUUAGAUUGUUUGAAGAAUGUAUGGCCAUAUUGUUCCUGCAAUAUAUCACUUUUAACCCUUCCAUCUAUUUAUGUACCUUUUGGAAUUGAUUUAAAAGAAAUUCUCAAAGAAACUGAAGAUUCAACAUGCCUUUCUGCUAAAAUCAGAUCUUCAGAUUCUGAGUGUACAUACCACCAGAAGCGUUCUGCUACCAAGGAAAUAUAUGAUUGCUUAGACAGAACUAUAAGAAGAAUCAAUGAUAGUUUAAAUGUAACAACUGAGAAACUGCAUUGGCAUGUCUUACCUCUUACAGUAUGUGCCAUGAUGCAUCCCAUUUUAGAAUGCAAACAAAAUUAUCAUUAUGAAUUCAAGGAAUUUAUGAAAGAAUUCUUAGAAGGUAUUAAAAGGAAAUUGAAUACCUAUCUGAAUAUUUUUGAUGAACCAUCUGAUUUACAACAAGGGAAAAAAUGCAUUGAGCAAUUUACUUCUCCAUCUAUUGAUAGAUGUUUAUCGGUUAUGUUUGGCUACAUGACCAGUUUCCAUAAAGGUUUUGCAAAGAGCUCUGAUUAUCCUUUCCAGUGUGUCGAAGAUACUUUUAAGGACUGUGGCGACUUAAAUACCUUUCACCUGUUUAUGAAGAAAAGUAUGAAUGUAUCAGAAAAUGAUAAUAUCAAAACAAAUGAAGUAAUUAUUGAAGAAGAAAUCUGCAUAAAGAAAGAAAAAUAUGGUUUAGGAUUACAUUCAUGUUUGUUUGAAGAUUUUGAAAAAUCACUUACUCCCUUAAUGAAGUGUCCAUUACAUGAAGAACAGAAUUUCACUCCUGAUAAUGCAUUAAAGCUAUGCAAGAACUGUAUUCUGAAAGAAGUUGAUGACAUGUGUUUUUAUGAUCAACAUGACCUCACCAAUGCAAUUACUUCAACUUUUAAACCAGUAACUAUGUGUUUGAAGAAACUGAAAGUGAAUGAUUCUUGUAUACAAGAUCUAACUAAUGACAUUAAGAAUGACUGUAUAUCAAGAUUUAAUGAAUAUACUUUGAGCAUCAAAAAAGGAGCAAUAUUGAAAGCUACACAUCUUGCCAGUGAAUUUUACCAAUGUGUGAAGGAAAAAAUAACGCACUGUCCUACUGAUAUUUAUACGACCAUCUUCAAUUUAUACAACAAGAUUUCUGGAUUGGAAAUUAUAUCAGUAUUUCAAUAAGUAUGACCUUGGUAAAGAUGAUAAAAAGUAUGAAUGCUGUGUCUAAAAACACCAUUAAUAAAAAGAAAGGGAAAGGUAUUUUUUAUAUUGUGGUGGAAAUGUUGACAAUGAAGAAACAUUUCACUAGACUCAUUUGUAUUUUCAACUUCAG